CACAUAUGUCCUGUCCCAGGCCUCCAGCCACAGCAACCACAGAGUCAUUUCCCCUGGAGCUGAGGCUGCUUACCUGGGCUCCCCACAGCGGGAGUGAUGCAGGGAGGGGAAUCCCACCUGCUGUGAGUCACCUGCUAGCAUAAAGGGCGGGUGUUACAAUGCAGGGACCUUAAAAAGGGACUCAGGAGAGAAAAAUAAGGGAAGCAGCUGAGAACCUCAGUGAACAGAGGAAGCCAAACCGGAGACGCACAGAACAGAGAGAAUCAGGCUCUGAACAGGGGGAAGUGGGCAGAGAUUCCACAAGGACUGCAAGGCACAGAGCGGGCCAGAUCUGAGAAGCCGGCACCAAGAUGCUGGGGAGCAGAGCCGCGACACCGCCGCUGCUGCUGCUGCUGCUGCUGACACGCUGGACCAUUCGGGGCCGGGCUGUGCCUACAGGCAGCAGCCCGGCCUGGGCGCAGUGCCAGCGGCUCUCACAGAAGCUCUGCACGCUGGCCUGGAGUGCACAUCCGCCCACGGGACACGUGGAUCUACCAAGAGAAGUCGGAGAAGAGGAAGAGGAGACGACAAAUGAUGUUCCCCACAUCCAGUGUGAGGACGGCUGUGAUCCCCAAGGUCUCCGUGACAACAGUCAGCCCUGCCUGCAAAGGAUCCACCAGGGCCUGGUUUUUUACGAGAAGCUGCUGGGCUCAGACAUUUUCACAGGGGAGCCUUCUCCACUCCCCGACGGCCCUGUGAGCCAGCUCCACGCCUCCCUCCUGGGCCUCAGGCAGCUUCUGCAGACUGAGGGGCACCACUGGGCGACUGAGCAGACUCCAAGCCCCGGUCCCAGCCAACCAUGGCAGCGGCUCCUUCUCCGCCCUAAGAUCCUUCGCAGCCUCCAGGCCUUUGUGGCCGUAGCUGCCCGGGUCUUUGCCCAUGGAGCAGCAACCCUGAGCCCCUAAAGCCAACAGCGUAAGGAUGGCCUCCACAUCUUCGUGGCUAAGAUGAACCUAUCGGCUGAGGCAGCGAGUGAAUCAGUCCAUUGAUUCUAAUGGGACCUGCAUGUGUUGAAAAAUUAACCAGUAUCGGCAGAUUUAUGAUGCUGACCUAAGACAUGUUGAGUAUUUAUUAGAUGGGAAGGGAAAUUUUGGGAUUAUUUAUUCUAUUGGCAGCAGUGUAAGGGGGAGGAUUAUUUAUUAUAUUUAUACUGACUUAUUUACUUUUUUCAAUAAACUUAUUUAUAUGGA